AAUUUCCCGUUUGAGUCCGCCUCUGCUCUUAGUCAGCUGAGGAAGCGACUGAAAUACAGUAUAGGUCUCUUUUGUAAUUACGUUUUUCUUGUAAUGUUAUUACGAUUUUAUUUUAGUCGGUCAGUCCACAAUAUCUACGUUUAAGUUGGAUUAUUAUUAUUUUGUUUUCAAGGUAUUGUUCUUUCAAAGAUGGCGUAUGUGAGAAGAGUAAUUUGAAAAGAAUGGCAGUCUUAAAAGGGAAAUGGAAAGAAAAAAACAUUUUUAUUGUUUCCACUCUGCUCCUGAUGUGCUGGUCAGUAGGCCUCUCCGCACCGCCACCUUCCAAUAGAACACAUAGCCAGUGCCAGGAGGGAAGUCACUACCUUAGUAAAGAAGGGUUAUGUUGUGGAAAGUGUCACCAAGGGUUCAGGUUGGUGAAGGACUGCAGUGUAGACAAUGGCAAUGCAGAGUGUAAACCUUGUAGUUCUGGAACUUACAGGGAGAGUAGCAACGCCUUCCGGAACUGCGAUAGUUGUAGAAAAUGUGUUGAAAAUGAGGAGGUGGUGUCUCUGUGCAACAGAAGCAGGAACCAAGUGUGUCGCUGCCAAACAGGCUUCUACCUGAGAAAAAUAGACUCCGAAACGCGGGAGUGCACCAGCUGUGAGACGUGUGGCUCUGGAGAGAGGGUAACGCAGGAAUGUACUCCAGAGAGCAACACAGUGUGUGAAUGUUCGAUCUUUCACUACCGUGACCAAAUGAACAAAAGGACCUGUCUUUCAUGCAAAAAUUGUACGUCUACUGACUGCAGACAGGAGUGUCACCAAGAACUAGCAACUCCCAGUACCGUAGGAGUUUCCCAACCAUCAAACACUUCCACGACAGUCUUACUUCUCGUGUUUGGCUGUGGGUUUGUGUUUCUACUGGUCGUGGUGAUGAUCUUGGCCUGCGUAGUGUUCUGGAGAGUGAAGGGUUUGAGCUCCUUCCCCUCUGAUGAGGUGAUCUCUCAGGGCACCAAGUCCACUCAGAAGCUCAUCCAAGGGCAGCAUGGGAAUGUGUUCAUCCCAACUGACCUUUCAUCUGCCUCGGUGUGUGAGAGGGAGCUACUUAGCAAGCUACCCGACUGUGUCCCCAAGGAGAUCAAAAUCUCUGACUUUAUCUAUUCGGUGUUGGAGCAAGUCCCUCCACGUCGUGUGAAGGAGCUGGUGCGCUCUCUGGGUGUGAGUGACAGAGUGAUCGAGUUAGCCGAAAACGACUACCUCCGCGACACUAAGGAAGCCCAGUACCAGAUGCUGAAAUUCUGGGCUUGUGGUGGGUCACAGGGACGGGGGGGGCUGCUAACGCUCCACUUGCUGCAUGACCUUCUGGUUAAGCUGAGAAACAUGGAGCUAGGAGGGGCUGCAGAGGAGCUGGAGACCAUUUAUGGUGAUUACUCUGGAGACAAAUGACUUCUCUGACAGACAGGAAGCAAGACUAUUCAUCAAGGUGCCGAUUUCGCCGUAGAAAUACACAGCUUUGUUAUAAGCCAUUUCCUAUGCAUUUCUCAGUAGUGUUUAUAGGGUUGUCAAUACAUUCAUCUAUAGAACUGCUUGAUGUGUCUAACUGUUUGGAGAGAAAUCGUUCCUGCACGUCAGGCUUCUCAUUGUAAAAGGUUUUGCUUACUUGUCAAGGCUCCCUACAAACGUAAUACAUUUCUGCCUAACUAUUUGUUUUUUGGGAUCCUGAGUAAGGAUACUUGGCUAAAGGCUCUAUGCCAAAUGUGAUAACGGCAGUAAGAUACAGUAAUGUCAACUGAAUUUGCGGCAUAAUGCCACAAAAAGAUUGUUUGCAGUGGGAGGAGAAUUCAGUGAGCAGAACCUUUUAAUUGGUGAGCAGAAGUAAUCUAUGUCAGUAGGUAGAUGUUUUGAUCCCAUCUAGAAAAUCGCAGAUUGAAAUGGGGGGGGGGAGGUUUAUCGCUCAAAAUAUUAAUGCAAGUUUAUAAUAAUACUUUUCUGAUGAUUAUUGUACUUUCAAAGUAGUGAAAAAACAGAUUUUUAAGAUAAUUGCAAAAUAAUGUUAACUAGAUUUCCCUUAAUUUAUUGAUAGACUGAGAUGAAGAGGAGAGUUUCACAAUGUCUGUCACUGGAUAUUUUAUGCUGUUAGUAACUUUAAAUUGAAUGUUAAAUACAUCCAUUAAGAUGAGUGUAAAUUAACAACAGAAUUUUUUUUUUUAUUACAAUCCAAAUUGAUGGCAUUAACUCUUUAGGGAGAAUUCUUUAAGCAUUCAAGCUACAGACACAAAACAAACUUUCUCAAGUUCAUGCUAUCCUAACUUUCAAAUCUUAAACUUGUAUCAGUAAUAGUCAUAUAGAUGUGCUUCCACUUUUAGAAUUUGCUUCCCUUUAAGUUCAUGUUCAGAAUGUGCGUAGAACAGUGCAUGCAAUGUAAAUAAAGUUCUGUCUGUGUGCUCAGGUCAGAAUCAGGAACGAAAUGUAUAGCUAGGGUAAUUAAGGGAAAAGAUGAGGAAAUGGGGGACGUGGAGAGGUAAUUGUAUGAAAAGACACAAACACCUUUUUAAUAGAUAUCCACUUCUAUUUUGCACAUUUAACUGAUGAUGAAUUGUAUAUAUUAUGUUAAAGAAGUUUUACACAGUGCCAUGUGCAAAACAAUACAACUUUUUUUGUGUCCCAGACCAUUUAACAACUAUGGGAACCACACUAACACUUAAUUCAACGUUGUGCUAUUAUUUUUGUAUUUAGAAGGAAUACCAACAGGAUACUCAAGCCGGUCACUAAUGCUUUGAACUUCUCUAUUUGUUUUGCAUUAAUCAACCAGAAACCUAUCCAAAAUAUUUUAGCAUUAUAUUGUUAUGGUGUCUUUGUUUUUUAAUAACAUUAAUAGUGUGUGGAAUUAUUGCUGAAUUGUUUUUGAAAGACCUACUGAAAUGUUGUAAUUUACUACAGUCUUCAUAUAGUAUUUUUUUAUAGUGUUUUUAUUUCACUAAAUUGGUUAAUGUAUCCCUCUGUGAUAGUUGCUAUUCCACGUACAAUGCCGAACUGGCAAAAGAAGCACAUUGGUCCAGGAUUUGUUGGGGCCCUAAUUUUGUCCGUUCAUCGAUUUAUGUUAGGGCACAUCUAGACCAACCACACCCACUGGUUAUCCCUGAGUCAUUAUCGCUCCCCCAAACCUAUCAAGCUGGCAUUAUUCAGGAUUAGUCAAUGAGAGGACAUGCCUCGCCAUGCAACUGAUGAUGGUUCUCAGAAGACUAAACUGGUGAUACGUGGAUCCUUCCUCCGUGUAUGAGACUGGAUCAUAUUUUGUAGCACUUUUUGAAUUUGACUACAGACACAAGAUUUGUAUUUUUAUAAUGUCUUAUUUGUUUAAUUGAGCAAUGAACAAAGUAUUUUUUAUUUUUUUUUGCAGAUCAUUAGUUGUUUAUAUUUCUAGAUCUUCAAAUAAAACAUGUAUUGUAAAAAUCA